ACUUAACACUACAUAUAUUUGUGUUUUUGCCCAGAAUCAGACAUCCAGUAGAGAUAAAGGGCGGCUAAAACCUAACAUCUUUCUCAGUUUUUUUAGAUUAACAUAACUUUAAGUUGAAUUUAUUUAUUUAUUUGUUUUACUAUUAUAAUUCCCUCACGCGUUUUUUCUUGAAAUUCAGCUUAUUUUUGCUGCUUGUUUUGGCAUUCUUAUGUUAUAAAUAAAAUAAAAUAAAAUAAAAUAAAAUAAAAUAAAAUAAAAUAAAAUAAAAUAGCCUUUUCGUUUUACAAGUAUAUCUUGAGGGUUUCUUUACUUUGUUUUUGUCUCAUCGAUACUGGACCGUACCAUUGCACGUGAUGACGUUGACGUCAUCAGCCCUCGAGAUUUUCGGAGUGGAACAGUCCGAGGCCGCCGCCAAAGGUUGCUAAGCGCAGAUCCGGCUAACGUUGCUAAUCUUUUUUUUUAUGUAGCUUUAACAUUUGCUUAAAUGUUUAUCAUUGUGUUGGCUGGACAUAAAGGAGCACUAUAGUCGACCUGUUCUCAAUAUUUACGGACAGUAAUGGAGGCAGUCAACGCGUUCAACAUGGAGCUGUUCUCCAUGAUUGACAUGAAGCCCCCGAUAUCCCGGGCUAAAAUGAUGUCCGUAACCAAAUCAGCUAUUAAAGCUAUCAAGCUUUACAAACAUGUUGUCCAGAUUGUUGAAAAGUUCAUCAAGAAGUGCAAGCCCGAAUUAAAAGUUCCUGGUUUAUAUGUUGUUGAUUCCAUCGUUCGGCAAUCCCGUCACCAGUUUGGUGUUGAAAAGGAUGUUUUUGGACCCAGGUUCUUGAAGAACUUUACAGACACCUUCCAAAACCUUUUUCUAUGUCCAGAGGAUGAUAAGAACAAAAUACUUCGUGUCCUGAACCUGUGGCAGAAGAACGGUGUGUUUGAGAUGAACAUUCUUCAGCCUUUGAUGGAUAUGGCUACUUCUGUUGCUUCACCAUCUCCUACCUUUGGAGAUCCUGUUGCCCCGCAAAAAGAGGCAGAAACGUUGGUCAGUAAUGCCUCUGUUUUACCUGAUGAACAUCAACUCCCCACAUCUGAUGCCUUAGCUGCUGUGGCACAGCUGCUUCAGUCCCCCCACUGUCAGGAGUUACAGAGGAUGCUGCAGAACCUUCAGCAAGCAGAUAGAUCUACUGUAAACACGAACAAUUUACCCAACGCACCGCCGAUGCCGGUUUCCCAACUCAACCAAAGUAAUUCCCGAAGUGCAAACAGAAGUUCUUUGGCCGAGAAACUCCUCGACCGAUUUGACUAUGAUGAUGACCCCGAGGACGUGCAAACUUCAGAGAACAACAUUCAGUUGCAAAACAUUUCUGAAAGCUUAUUGAGACGGUUUUCGGAUCAGAGAGCUGGAACAGACUUUCAGGCUGUGAUGGGAGAGAAUGCAGAAAUAAAGCACCUUGGAGGAGGAAGUCACGUUGAACGUCAUAUGAUACCAGAUGGAUAUCCUCAUCAGAAUGAAAAUUACCCUCAAACAAAGGAAAGUUCUGUUGAAAAGCAUAGACGGGACGGCAGACGCAGAGGUCAUGGCAGGAGAUCCAGAUCCAGAACUCGUUCCAGAUCUCCAAGGAGAAGAUCAAGAUCUUCGUCUCGCUCAGAGAGAUCGAGGCAUCGAGGCUCCCGUUCCAGAGAGCGACGCUGGAGAUCCCACUCCAAUUCUCAGGACAGGAAUCAAAGCGAGAAAGACAGAGAACGUAGACAGAAAGGUCUCCCCAGCAUAAAGAGUCAAACACUCAGUGUUUGCAGUACUACACUCUGGGUCGGGCAGCUUGACAAGAAAACUCAGCAGUCGGAUGUGACAUCCCUUUUGGAGGAGUUUGGCCAGAUCGAGUCCAUCCAUAUGAUUCCUCCGAGGGGUUGUGCCUACAUUGUCAUGGUUCAUAGACAGGAUGCGUAUACGGCUUUGAAAAAACUCAGCCGAGGGUCUUAUAAAGUCAACCAGAAACCUGUGAAGAUUGCUUGGGCUUUAAACAAAGGUAUAAAAUCAGCGCACAAAAAGUUCUGGGAUGUGGAACGCGGCGUUUGUUACAUUCCGUGGAGCAAAGUGAAAGUUGAGGAGUUGGAGAGCUAUCGAGAAGGGGGUAUGCUGGAUGCAGAUACUCUUAAUCCAGAGUGGAACUUUGGGAAGGACCUCAACCACCAGGCAGCUGUAAACGGGAUUCCAGAUGACGGUGUCAAUACUCUUGUUCAGAUGCCAAUAAUUCAGCAGACUGAAGCGUUAGGAAGCCCCUCAGCUUUUCCUGGCCCCAUCAUGCUUUCUCCCACAUCACUGCCUGCAGGAGGAGCUCCUUUCAUGCCUGCGAAGUUCGACCCUGCAAGUUUGUCAGCUGCAAGACUUCUAGUUCCUUUGGACGCCAGAGAAAAUGCAGGAGACAAAGAUCCCUCCUUGGAUACUGGAACCUGUAACCAGAUGGGAUCUCCCGGCUCAUCAGUGAUGACCCUAACCCCUCCAGCUAUGCAGGGACCCCCAGGACCGCCGAUGGCCCCGCUGCAGCCUCCUCCUGGCAUGCCGAAUCCUCACGUCCCGCCUUUCCUGGCGUCUCCAAACAUGCAGCACAUGCCCCCGCAGAUGAUGCCAGACGGACCAAUGUUUCCACCAAACCGAUUCCGAAUGCGCAUGCCUUUCCCUCCUCGCGGACCCCCGUUCCAAAGCUGCCCCCCCGUGGGACCUGAGGCCGACAGGGAGGGGCGGUUUUUCAGAGGCGUCAGACCGGGCUUCCCCUGCCCACCUUUUCAGAGGGGGAGGUGGUGAUGAACUCUGAAGAGCUUCCUGUAUUUACAUCUGUAUAUUUUUGUAUAUUUGAGUUUGGUGCAGACUUCCACAAAGGCAGAAUAUAUUUGUGUGUUUUUAAAUUGAUUACUGAAGGGGAAAACAGUUGUUCUUAAUGAUCACAUUUGAUUUGAAGAUCUCAUGUUCUGCCAGUAGAGGGUAGGGUAGCUCUUAUACCUGUUCUUUUUUUCAAUCCUCCUGUACACAAAGGUCACACCUUGAAGGGUGAUGUGAGGUGAUUAUUAAAAAGGCUGUCUACUGUU